GGACGGGAUACAAACCAGGGAAGCGGACCGUCAGAGUAUAAUCCCCUGGCUUGAUACGACACCUACCGGCACACCGAAUCAGACGAUCAUACGCCGCAUCUUACCACCUUGCAUAGAUAGUCGGAACCAGCAGAUCGAACCGCCCAUGGCCUCGCAAGACCUCGCACGGACAACGUCUCUACCCCUUUACCAUGCCUGAUCGACCAAGAGCGUUCCGGAUAUCGCCAAUAUCGUCUUGGAAAACGAUGGUCAACCCGAUAGCGAUAGCUCCGUUCCUCUUCGCUCUGAUACCCGUUGCGGCUGCGCAGACGUCAAAUGCAGGAGGUGUCAGCACGGGGACUCCGGUCGAGGGAAGGGAAUGGAUCGUCAUUGUCGACAUCGUCAUCCUCGCGACGACUAUGGUCGGAGCGGCGGCGAUCCUGGGUAACAUGAUAUGGCGGGAGUUGUGGAAAAAACGAGCUUCUACCGUACGGAUGAGACUCGUCCAGGGUCUGGUGUUUAGCGAUCUGUUACUAGGAAUCUUCGGAAUGUGCACGAGCGCCGAAUUUCUUCGGGGCAAGAACCAUCCACACGGAUCGUCGUUCUGCGACGCUUUCGGGUUGCUUCUCGUCACAAUCCUAUGGACAGAACAUUUAUGGACGUUCGCUUUGGCUUUCGCGACAUACAUGAUUCUUAUCUACCCCCUUCAUCCCGUUACUAGACACCUCGAACGGUCAUGGUGGAUGUUCUUCGUCGUCAUCUACGUGCUGAGUUUUGCGCUAUCCCUGGUGACCUAUUUCGUGUAUGGGUUUUGGCCUGUCGGCGGAAUCUGUUACUAUGGGGCAAAUUCGGGUCUCUAUGGGGAGCUCAUGCAAUUCAUACCCCGGGCCUUGGUGUUCAUCGCCAUCUUCUUCUUCUACGCCCGAUUAUACGUCUUUCUCAAGCGACCGGACAAGAUCAGGGCGUCCUUCUCUCCGAGUCCCGGUGGAACCGCUGGGGGAGGUGGGACUUGGCAGACGGACAGCUCGGGGUCGAUGCAAUCGAUAGAUGGGGGUGGGGACGAAGCUGGGACGAGAGACGGCGAGACAGACGGAACCAGAGGAAGGUUGAGGAGGCUGCGAAGGAGGAGCCGGGCGAGUUCUAGGGAAAGGAUUAGGGAGGGGUUUCGGUCGUUCUCUUUCAAGCCGAAGGUCUUGCAACGUAACGAUGAGAAGCGGACGAGGGAUGCCGAAAGUACCGGGAUCAAGUUGGGUAAUCUGCAAGCCGACGAGAGGGCCGUACAAGGCAAAGAUUUCGGACAAGAGAAACGACCGAUGGAGCAGAUUGGCAACACGGGAGGCGUCACAUCAGCAAACGUGAGGAAUGUCGGGGAAAUACCGCCUUGGGAACGACUCGAGUUGCCACCUUUCGAGGUGGAUGGGCAGAGAUAUGGGGGCUCUGGAUCGAGCGUUCUUGCGCCCGCCGCUCCUUCCGGCUUUUGGGGAGACUUCAAGAUGGGUAGGAAACGGGCGACUUCCAGCGCACAUUCGAAUCGAACGGAUGGGACCAUCAACCCGCAGAGAAUCAGCCGGGAGGUGAACAACAAUACAGGCAUACGGAGCAGGGAAUCGUCGGUGGGCACAGUCAUUCCUCCAAGAGGAUCUUCGGGAACGCCGUUCUUGCCUCCAGUCGUCUUUGAGGAGUCAUUGCCGACAACCCAGAUCACCGAACCCUCUCCCAUCUCCCCCGAAUGCGCGACGUUCACUGCAGAAAACUUGCGCUCGAGUAGCGUUUUUGAUAAACCUCGCCGACAUCCUGGCGAUCUCAAAAUGCCCUAUAUCACGCAGGAGGUUGAUCCCAAGGACUCCUCCGAAGAGUAUCGAGUACCGCUCGCGCCAUCAAUACCUCCCAGCGAGACCACCUUGACACCUUCCACUUCGUCCUCUAUGCAAGUGCUGCUACCGGCAAUGAGAAGAGGGUCAGCCGAUCCUUUUUGUCAAAAUGGCAUCAGGAAGGAUUCGUGCAACGCUUCCUCGGACAACGGUUCUCGCCGUGGUUCUGGACCGGUCAGUUUCGUGUUGCCGACAUAUCCUCGCAAAGAGUCUGUCAUGAGCAAUGUCGAAGGUCCAGAAUCGAUGCACACAACGCGAGAAUCUGUAUCUGCAAGCGAGACGGUCAGAGACAGCAGUGCAAGGGGCGGUUCGAGUGAAGAAGAACAGGAGGAGGAAGAGGAAGAGGAGGAUGACGGCGAGAUGGACUUUGGGCAGUUCUUGCGGCAAGAGGGUGGGGAUGACGAUGAACGUGGAAGGGAUCGACGGCAGGCUAGCGAAGAUAGCAUGUUGCAGCAGGAAUCAACAGCGAGCUAUCUCAACCGAAAAACCGCCAUGUUGAUGCUGUACUUUCCCCUUGCCUACUGCUUGCUAUUCUCAGUCUCGCUCGUGCGGUUGAUUUACGACUUUGCGAGUAAGGAUGAACCAGUAGCGCUGAGGGCGGUAUCUCGAUGGUUCAUCUUUGCGCAGGGUGCGGUAGACGCUUUCAUCUACGGUUUCGUAGAGUGGAAUACAAAACGGAUAGUUCGAAGAAAAGUGCGGAAGGGUCUGAUGACGCCCACAAAUCAAAGUCGGCACAGCUGGCGCCCAGGUGUUACGGCCGAGGAAAUGCUUUCGGGCAAGAAACAGAGCAACGGGAAUGCAAACGCCAACGCCAACGCGAACAUGAACGAAUCAAAUACUAACCCGGGCACGACAUCCCGGUUUUCCAAUAUGUCGACGUUCCGGAGUCAGCGGAAUGGAUCGAGCGUGGUCUGAAUAUAGAGGGAGAUUUCGCCCGCCAUUGUAGCCAAUUAUCAGUUGUACGAACACGCAUGACCGGCCGACGCAUUACAUCAUCUACUAUAAUCCA